UUAGGUUAGAUUUCGUUUCGCCAUCUCUUUAGCUUGCUAGCCGCCUUUUUCUUUCCGCUGAACGUGAAUAUUUCUUCUUGUGCAAUGGCGGCGGCUGCUUCGUGCUCUCCCUCUAUCUCCACUCCCUCUCCUAAGUCUUCCUCCAAAAUCCACAAAACCUUAACUACUCCUUCUAAUCUAGGCUUCUUGGUUUCCACUUCCAGAUCCUUGAGGUCUCUCAAAGCAACCAGAUUGAAUACUGGUAAUGGCUGCGGCUCAGCUCUGGCCUCUCGCAUGGUCUCGGUUCCUGCCGUUGAGCCUCAGACUGCUCUUGAUUUCGAGACCCCCGUCUUCAAGAAGGAGAAAAUCUCCCUUGCUGGUCACGACGAGUAUAUUGUGAGAGGAGGAAGAGAUUUGUUCAAGUUGCUGCCCGAUGCUUUCAAAGGGAUUAAGCAGAUUGGCGUUAUCGGUUGGGGUUCGCAGGGACCUGCUCAAGCUCAAAAUUUGAGGGAUUCUCUUGCUGAAGCAAAAUCUAAUAUUAAUGUCAAGAUUGGACUUAGGAAGGGUUCGCGUUCUUUUGCUGAAGCUCGUGCUGCUGGAUUCUCUGAAGAGAAUGGCACUUUGGGUGAUAUAUGGGAAACUAUUUCUGGAAGUGAUCUUGUGCUGCUGUUGAUUUCUGAUGCUGCACAGGCAGACAAUUAUGAGAAGAUAUUCUCCCACAUGAAACCAAAUAGCAUCCUUGGGCUUUCCCAUGGCUUUCUUCUUGGACACUUGCAGUCUAUGGGACUUGAUUUCCCAAAGAACAUUAGUGUAAUUGCAGUGUGUCCCAAAGGAAUGGGUCCAUCUGUAAGGAGACUUUAUGUUCAAGGCAAAGAGAUCAAUGGUGCUGGAAUCAAUUCCAGUUUUGGGGUCCAUCAGGAUGUUGAUGGUAGAGCUACUGAUGUUGCCUUGGGGUGGUCAGUUGCCCUUGGAUCUCCUUUCACUUUUGCUACUACUUUAGAGCAGGAGUACAAGAGUGACAUCUUUGGGGAGCGAGGCAUUCUACUUGGUGCCGUUCAUGGAAUUGUGGAGUCUUUAUUUAGAAGAUACACAGAAAAUGGAAUGAAUGAGGAUCUUGCUUACGCAAACACUGUUGAAUGUGUUACAGGAAUUAUAUCAAAGACCAUCUCAACACAGGGCAUGUUGGCUGUGUACAAUUCGUUGUCUGAAGAUGGAAAAAGGGAAUUUGAGACUGCCUAUAGUGCAUCUUAUUACCCAUGCAUGGAUAUACUGUACGAGUGCUAUGAUGAUGUCGCCAGUGGAAGUGAAAUCCGCUCUGUUGUCUUGGCUGGGCAACGCUUUUAUGAGAAGGAUGGUCUCCCAGCUUUCCCAAUGGGGAAAAUUGAUCAAACACGCAUGUGGAAAGUUGGUGAGCGAGUACGAAAGGCACGACCAGCUGGUGAUUUAGGGCCAUUAUAUCCAUUUACAGCUGGUGUCUAUGUGGCCUUGAUGAUGGCUCAGAUUGAGAUAUUGAGGAAGAAAGGGCACUCGUACUCUGAGAUCAUCAAUGAGAGUGUGAUAGAGGCAGUGGAUUCAUUAAAUCCGUUUAUGCAUGCUCGCGGAGUUUCCUUCAUGGUUGACAAUUGCUCUACAACAGCAAGAUUGGGAUCUAGGAAAUGGGCUCCUCGAUUUGAUUAUAUCCUUACCCAACAGGCUUUGGUGGCAGUGGAUAAGGGCACUCCCAUCAACCAAGAUCUGAUCAGCAACUUCCUGUCAGACCCCGUGCAUGGUGCCAUUGAAGUCUGUGCUCAAUUAAGGCCCACGGUCGACAUCUCUGUGCCUCCAGAUGCUGAUUUUGUGCGACCAGAGUUGCGUCAAUCUGGCAAUUGAGGCCUAUAACCUUUGAACUUGAAUGGACAACUAUUUAUGUAAGUUGAGGCAAAACUUGCUUGAAUGAACUGAGUGAUGUGGUUUUAUCUCAUGUGUUGGGCUAGUGUUUAUGUUUUUUUUUUUUUUUUUAUAUGUAACUGUAGGACCAGAACUAUCAUGUGUUGAGAAAAUGAGGCAUGAUAAUAAUGUAUUUUCUUGCUGGUUUUUGGGUAGUAAUGAAGUACUCGGUUUAGCUUGUAUGAAACAUAUAUGUAAUUCCCCAAUUCUCAUUGCAUGCUACAUAAAAUAAGAUUUUGGUGGGAAUGAAUGACCAUUCUAUUCCCCCUUUGUUCCA